UAAUCGCGCCACACAGCAGUGAAGCAGACUGGAAGCUUUUUCCCAGUCUCUGCUUAUACUCAUCACCUUCUACUUUUUUUCGCACACAAAAUUUCUCUGUCUGCGGCUCAGAAGAAUAUGGAAGGAGUAAGUUCUAGAAUCGGUCGGGCCUCGUCGAGGUAUGGCGGCACAGCUCCAAUUUUUAGUGGUCCAGUUAGAAAAUGGAAGAAGCAGUGGGUUACUACUCAGCCCAACAACAAUCUUCGUGGCACCGGCAACACUAACAACGUUACCGGACCUAAACUCAUGCUUUGCCGUUGGACGCCUCUUGCUUCCGUUCAUUCUGGAGAUUCUACUAUGCCGGAAAAAACUCCUAAACGGAAGUUCCGAUAUGCACCUAUUGUUGACUUGGAAGAAAAGAAAAAUGAAGUUCCUGACAACAAAGCUAAGUUGAGGAAGCUGAAUCAAGCUAUCACAUGUGCAACACCAAACGAUAAUAUCUUGACGAAACAAAGCAUGAAUGAUAUCUUUGAUGACGAUUUUGAGGAACUGAGGACAGAUCAGACUGAAAGUGAGGUGGAUUAUGACUUGUACUUGGAAGGCUGUGAUUGAGGCCCGGAGGAAUGGAAAAGAUGGGUUGUUUAUAUAUUAACAUAGAUGGUAGUUGUAUUUAGGUCUGAAUAGUUGUAAAUAAAGCUCUAGAUUGUGUGCCAACUUGGAUUCAAAUGUAUAAAUGAUUGUAAAUAUAAUUCCCCUCUAGUUUCUGUGCCAACUUACACUCUAAUGUAUAAAUGAUUGUAAAUGUAAUCCCUCUCGUCUCUUUUGAAGACUUGC